ACAAAAGGUACAAGCUUAGAGAAUAAAAUGCGUACUUUUUUAGUACUUGUAUUUGCAGUUGUUGUGGUAUCUUCACCAAUAAAUAUACCCAAUCCAAAUGACUUGAAUAUAUAUUUAAAUGAAGAUGAAUUUGAAGACUAUCUGGAUCUCUGGUUGAAGCUCAAAUAUCAAAACAUUACACAUAUAAAUUCAAGAAAUGCUGGUUGCACAAUACAAGUAAAUGGCGACCUCGGGCAACCGCAACCGGUGUACAUUCACGACAACAAUUAUCUAACACCGACUGGUAAUACUGGAGAAAUUCAUCUCAGAACAGGAGAGGAGGUUACCAUCGCUUGUGUUGGAUCCGGACAAAAUAUUGUACAUCCCAGUGUUACCAGCUCUACAAACAUUGGCAUUGCAACAUGUGUGAACAAUACCCUCUUCUCUGGUAAGGGUUGGAUAGAUGGAGUUGGUGCUUUUGGUGAUCUCACUUGUUCCUCCCAUUGUACACACGAAGCUUUAUUAACAUCUGAAAGAUGUUAUAACAAUAAUGUGGUUAUUCGUGUGGGUUUCACUGUAAACAAUGUCUUUUACCCGCUAUACUGGUCAUGCUUCGAUCAGAAUCGCUUGGAGGUUCUAUACGUGUGGUAUGAACAGAAUCCCCCGAAUGCUGUCAAUCAGGUUGGCGUGAGUAGACCAAGCUGGAGGGCCGGCACAUUCUAUCCUGGCGUUGAUGUCAAUAAUCGUUACACUGUAGCACAACAGAAAGUAACAUUAUCAAAUUAUGUUGGAACUGAUUUAGCUGAGAAAUAUGUCACAAGCACGCAAUAUUUAGCUCGUGGUCAUCUUGCUGCUAAAACUGAUUUUAUAUACGCAACAGGACAACGUGCGACGUUCUAUUUUAUAAAUUGUGCUCCUCAAUGGCAACAAUUUAAUGGUGGGAAUUGGAAUUUACUAGAACAAAAUCUUCGUAUACGUAUCGGUGCAGCUGGUUACAAUACUGUAGUAUACACAGGUACUUAUGGAAUAUUUCAAUUGAGAGACUCCAAUAAUCAACUCGUCGAUAUCUAUCUACACCGAGAUAGCAAUAACAAUACUCAAUUGCCGGUACCUUUGUACUAUUAUAAGGUGGUCUACGAUCAAGCAAAACGUCUUGGUACAGCGUUCGUCGGUAUCAACAAUCCUUACAUCACUUUGGAAGAGGCUCGUACUCUUCAGUUCUGUAAUGACCAUUGUCGUAGCAAUUCCUCCUUCAGCUGGCUCAGCUGGCAACCAGACCGUGUUGACAGAGGUUACAGCUUCUGCUGCAGUAUCGAAGACUUCAGAACAUUUGUGCCACAUUUACCUAGUUUUACUGUUAAUGACUUGCUUACGUAGAGACAUGACUAGAAAUUUUUUUUGACUCAAGAAGAAUCAUUAUAUAUGUACUAGCUAUCGCCUGCGACUCUGUACGCGCUGAAUUAAAAAA